AUGAUGUCUGUUGUGCAGGAGUGUGCAUUUGCCUUUCACUACUCGGCAAAGCGGCUAGAAGCAUUCUUCGACGAGUUGCAGGAUGACGAAGACGUCAAAGAGGCGAUGGACAGGAAAACUAAAUUGAAGUCUCUCUGUGAGACCAGGUGGAUAAGCCGGUCUGACGCUCUAACUACUUUUAAAACAGCGUUCCCUGUUGUUGUCCAUACUCUGGAGCAUCUUGUCACACAACACGACGACAAAGCAGCUAUAUAUCUGUCCUCCAUUCUACGAUUUGAUUUUAUUGUAGGUCUAGUUGCUUGUGAGCACAUCUUACGCCUGGUUGUUCAUUUAUCAUUCUUCUUACAGGAUCCAAAAUGCGAUAUGCUUUCCGCUAUCGAAGAGUGUCGUAUUGUUCUGACACAGCUUAAUGAUGCUAGAAAUGAUCAGCAGGUGUGGGACGCCCUUUUCGAAGAAUCAGUGUCUUUAGCUGAUCAAUUUGAUGUAGAGCCCACGAUGCCCCGACGAGCCGGUCGACAACAGAACAGAGCCAAUAUUCCUGCUGUUACACCCUCCGAAUACUGGAGAAAGGUUCUGUUCUACGUUUUUAUUGAUCACCUCGUGCAGCAGCUAGAGGACAGGCUUUUAGGGGCUGAGCAACGGUUUCAGGCAUUUUUUCUUCUCCCCUCAAAAAUCCAGGGUCUUACCAACGAAAAAGUGCUGUCCAUUUUCGAUACAUUCAAAACCGACGUUGUUGGGAAUGUGGAGACAUUUCGAGCUGAAGUUGAGCGCUGGAAGGUGAAAUGGCAGAUGCAUGCAGUUGUUCCAAGCUCAAUUGUCGAAGUUCUAGAUAAUACGAAUUCCACUCUUUAUCCAUCGAUAUCUGCCAUUCUCAUGGUCCUUUUAACCAUGCCUGUUGCAACUGCAACUGUCGAGCGAUCGUUCAGCGUUCUGAAGCGCGUGAAGACAUAUUUAAGUUCAACUAUAAACCAGGAACGGUUAUCAUCUCUCGCCUUACUUCACAUCCACCGAGAUGUACCCAUUGAGAUCGAUGCCAUUUUGAAUGAUUUUGCGGCGGCAAAAAGUCGUAAAUGGAAAUUCUUUUAG